UCCGCGGUUGUUUCUUGGGUAAUGUCUCCCGUUUAUUUCAGGCUAUACUCAAGUUCCUGUUACAUAAGAUGACUGAGAUACCGGGAGCAACAUUAGAAACAAAUGGCUAGCCUAAGAUUGUUGGUGUGCCUCUCCGGACAGCUCACUCUAUCAUUCAGAUGUGAUGUCCUGCUGGAUUAGACACACUGGAUUCCACUAUGUAUUUAUUCAUAAUCAGUUUUGUCAUCGCUUUGCUCUCUACGAAAUGCAGUGGUUGGAGUGACAGGAGCUGUGGCGUUUUCUCUAAAGACCAGCACAUCAAGGAGGGUGCUAGCGCUGAGAUAACCUGUGUGAGUGCCUGCAUUUCGGGAACAGUUUUCUGGACCCUCAAUAACAGACGCCUGAAUGAGAGUCUAUCACAUAUGAUCAACUCCACACACACAGUCAUCCUGCUGCCCCAUUCAGAGCUCCAGGACCCCGACCACCCCACGUCGACUGUCCAGUGCCACAGUGAAGAGAACCUCCAGAUCCUAGGAGGGACCACAAUCCGAAUAUACACAAAACCUCACAACUUGUCUUGCAUUUUCCAUUCAAACCAUAAUUGGAAAGAGAUUUUACCGGAGCUGUUCACAUGCAACUGGGAGCAUCAUAUUCAUACACCACUGAAAAUUAAAUACUCUGUAAUAAGUGGUUCGAAAGAAAUUUGCAUCUCAAAUGCAACGACCUGCACCAGAAAUACACGAGAUGUACCUGAGAUUUCGUUUCCCCAACAAAACACCAUUUAUGUAAAGGCCAAAACAGAAGCCUGGGAAGCACAGUCUGGCUAUUAUACGUUUAGAGCUUCACAAAUAUUCAAAAUUCUCCCUCGUAAAAUCAAUCUCACUGCACGUUUGGAUCAUAUAUUGGUGGAGUGGAACAGUAUGCCAAACUUGGGGGUCCAUGGUAGAUGUCAAGUGAAAUACAAGUACACAAAGAAUGAAGAAGUAAUCCAGGAGGUGUUGAACAUAACUUUGCGUCCUGAUGUAAGAGGAAAGAUGACUAUCGAUAAAGUGGAGUCCUGUCAAACCUACAAUGUUUCUGUUCGCUGUGCUUUGGACCAGGCCCCGUGGAGCUACUGGAGCCCGGAGAGGCCAAUCCUAACACAACUCAAAAAGAGCGAUGUCAAGCUGGAUGUGUGGAGAAAAGUGUCAACGCUGCAUGAAGAAAAAAACGUUCAUAUCAUGUGGAAGGGAAUACCUUCAAAUUGCCCAGGCACAUUGAGCUACAAUGUCAGCCACUCUCCCUCCUAUGAAAUCACUUCCAAAACAAAUUACACCAGGACUUCAUGUGCAAAUAGCUCAUGUGAAAUUACCGUCAACCCAGAAGCACAGAGCAUCAAACUAACUGUUAUCUAUGAUGGAGACUUUCUGGCAGAGGCUUCGUUCUAUCUCACAUCUUUCGUUGAAAAUGAGUCAGUCAAGCUCUUCCGUGUUAACAGUAUUGAAACCAAGCUAGAGGAAAAUGGUCUUGUGGUUGCCUGGACUGCUCCCUCACAACCUGUCAGUGGUUAUGUUAUUGACUGGACUUACAAUGGAAAUGACUUUGAGUGGAAGAGGACUACAUCCACCCAUACAACAUUACACGCAGGCCUUAUAGAUAAGAAGCCGUACAACAUUACAGUAACUCCAUUGUUUGGUGGCCGGGCAGGACCCUCCACACAGACCUCUGGAGUUUGUUCAGGCUUUACAGAUCCUGGAAAUGUGACUAUUGUAAAUCUGGAGGCAUAUAACAAAAGGGCCCAUAUAAGAUGGAGUGUGAAAUCCCAGGAAAAAUGCAGUGAUGCUGUGGUGAAUUACACUAUCUUCUAUGGGACACUGAAUGGACCACAAUUAAAUGUAACUGUAAAAAAUACAGUGCAGGAUUUUUAUUUGAAGAACUUGAAUCCAAACACUCAAUACAGUGUCCAUGUUGUGGCCACGGCUCGUAGUGGGAAUUCUGAGAGCAGUGAACGACUUUUUAAGACAAAAAUAUUUGACCCUCAGCUUAUCACCGUUAUUAGCAUCACUGGGGGCAUACUACUUGUACUGUUUAUAGUUUUUUUGCGUGCAGUUCAGAAAUUCAAUGAAAGGCCUGUUCCAAACCCUGGUCUCAGCUCUUUGGCUCUGUGGCCACAAAGCACACAUUCAAAGACACUCAUUCCCUUUCACCAUCAACCUUUCACUACCCCAUCAGAAAGCCAAUGUGAACGUGUCUAUACAGAGGAAAUGCAACAAACUUCAUCAACUACUUACAGCAAGUCUCCAGUCACUAGUGAACAAAAAGAGCAAACUACAACAUCUUUUCAAAACUAUGAGAGGCCAUUUUUAUCUUCAAGAACACCACAACAGUGCUUCAGCAGAGAUUCUGUAUCUCUGCUGACUGUAGAGAACAGCCAGUUUAACCCAUACAGACGUCAGAUUGCAGACAACAGCCCUGUACCACACAACAGUAAAAAAGUCAAACGACUCGUUCUGGGGCCACAAGAAAAAACUCCGUCAUAUGUGUCAUUGGACAUAUUUGAUUGACAUCGGUGAAACGUGUUGUAGGCCAAUACAUAAAACUAAACCUAUAUGUAGCAUUAGUGUGGCAUGUAGCGUUCUGUAUUGAGUAAUAGAUUGAUCUUGCUUGUAUUGUUUUUGGCCUAUAUAUGUAAAUAUGUGUAUACAUAAUAAUCUGUUUAUUUAUUUUAAUAUACAUUUUCUCCACGCAUGGAAUAUCUUGUUGGCUUUGCUGCCAUUGUACAUAUGAUAUAAAUACAUGUGCAUAAACCCU